UCCGCCCAGCACGCUGCGUCGAACCCACCUGCACCCAGCGCGCCGCCGCCCGGAUCCCACCGCCACCCUGCGUGCCGCUGGCCCUAUCCUCCUCCUCCCAGGCACCUCCGCCACGAUCCCCCUCCUCCUAGUGUGCCUCCCAUCACCGCCCCCCGCCCCCAACUUGCCCUCGUGCAAGCCACCGCCGGCCACCUUCCUCCGGUGGUCAGUCCAGCUCCUGCAACCAACACAGGUCGUUACCCCCUUUGCCACAACGGCAGGAGCACAAAUACCAGUGUGGUCGUCCUCAACCAGUUCCUUCACGCGGCCUCCGCGCAAGCCCUGCUCAUGUAUGCUGACACCAAAAAUUAUACACUAUACACAUGGUACUUUUACUGGGACCAGAGUAUUACUUCCAGGAAGCAUGACAAGCACCACAAAAGGUCUCUCCCUCCCUUGGCUCCUUGCAUUCCCUUCUCCUUGCAGACCAGGCCGGGCGCUGGGCCAACCACUUCGUCUGUCUACCUCCUUCCCCGAGAAGUUACCCUGUUGCGGGCUGACCUGGAGGCGGCUCCUCCACAUCGACACAAUUGCACGACCAACGUGCUACUGACCACGCAAGCUUCCUCAAGGAGCUCGUGCCCAACGAUACCGAAAGGAAAAACUGCUCCAGUUUUGAACUUCUUAUCCAGUCAUGUUAUUACUAAGUGAAAAAUGGAAAGAAAGUGUAUUGCAAUUGAUCUCUCUUAGACCCUGUCAAUCCUCUAUUUAUCCUUUGUUUGCUUGUUUUUUGGCCUGUAAUUCAAGAACUUUGACCUUCAUAAUUCUGUUUUUGGUUAAUUUGUUAUGCCCAGUACAAACCAUUAAAUCUGAAGAGGCUUCUAAUAGCAAGAAAAUGUGCAGUCGGUGUGGUGUAUAUGUCAUUCAUGUAUGAAAAUGU